GGUUAGCGAUCGCCGAGCGAGGAGCGAGCAGCAAGUGGACGCGCCAGUGGGGUUGUCUGACCUCAUAUCAGUUUUAGAUGUCAGUUUUCUCGACUCUAUCUUCGGCGAGUUGGUCGAUCGAUUGGUUCACCAUCGUUGAGCAUUGAUCUAUCAUACGUGGUCCGUCCUCACAUCGUACCGUAUUCGUAUAUCCAUAUCGUGUCGUGUCCUAUCAUCGUGUCGUAUCGUGUCGUGUCGUGUCGUGUUGUAUCGUACAGUAUCGUGCCGUGUAUCGUGUCGUCGUCGCACGGACGUAAUUUCGCCUACUGGCGCGAUCCGUUUGGGUACGGUGUUCGCCGUGGCUCGCCGUACCUCAUCUCCGGAGAAGACGCAACUGGAGACACGAAGACAUCAAGCUGCGUUUAGCUGUCGUGGUUACCGCAUACGGUAACAACGCAGCGCCGUAACAUUUGCAUUAACGCAGAGUUCGUCCGAAGUCACCCCGACUUCGUUAUGCUGCCAGCCACGAUCACAAAGACAGCGACGACAAUAUUUUCCGGAUCGAAGAGAGGAAACGCCUUCUUUCGUUGCUGAUAUGGGGCCAUUGGUCGAACUUUCGGUCCUGGUUUACAGGCCCUCUCCGUUCCGAAAAUAAAUAAAAAUCUAAGUGUGUUUGAGGAAAGUGAAUACGACGACAACGACGACAACGACGACGACGACGACGACGACGACGACGGCGACGGCGACGACGACGACGACAUCCUUUUGUAAGGUAGACGACCAGGCUCAGGAUGGCCUCUACCUCCAGCAGCACAUCGCCCGAUGUGCAGGUGCUGAUGGGCAAGGGCAAGCGCGGGGCGGCCGCGUAUAUCAGCCUGGCCACCGGCCGAGACACCGGUGGCUGCCCACCUUAUCUCAACGAGUUACUGGACGUCUUGUUGAACCCCAGUAAGCCCAUCGACGACUGGGAAACCAUCGACUGGUGCAAGUGGCUAAUGGCUGGUGGUCGCACACCUGAUGAAUUUGCUAUUACAGUACGCACGUACGAUAAUGCUACCACCUGCGGUCUAGUGUGGACACCAAACUUCGUAGCUUAUCGUUGCCGUACAUGCGGCAUAUCUCCUUGCAUGUCUUUAUGCACCGAGUGUUUCAAGAAAGGAAAUCACUAUCGUCAUGACUUCAACAUGUUUCUAAGUCAAGCAGGUGGUGCAUGCGACUGCGGUGACACAUCUGUGAUGAAGGAGACUGGAUUUUGUGAUAGGCACGGGCCAAAGGCUGCUGUAAAUAAAUUAGUUGCGCCAUCAGAUCUGAUGUGUGUGGCCGAGGCGAUGAUGCCCAGAAUUAUUCUUCGACUUAUACAACAUUUACGUGAAAAUUGUAAAAUGGGUGUACCAGAUUUUAGAAGUGCUAUACACGAGGCAGACGCAUACCUAUCGAUGCUACUUGACUUGAACAAUAUGGGCGCUUUAAUGAGGCAUGUUAUGACGUCAGCUUUAACAAAUCCGCAAAAAUAUCGAGGUCUCAUGGAUCCUUCUGUCUUAACCGGGCAGUCGGAAUACGACAGCUAUUGUCAAGAUAGUAAUAAAAUAUACCAGCAUGCCGUGAAAUCACUACCAAAUCCGGAGCCUCCUGAAGAGUAUAAAGAAUGCGUAUCGCUUCAAGAGCAUUUGGAGCAUACUACAUUUUUGGAAGAACUAAUGUUCUGGACUGUUGCCUAUGAGUUUCCACAGAAAUUAGUCUGUCUGCUUUUGAACAUGUUACCGGAUCCCGACUAUAAGGAAGCUUUGACACGCGCUUUUGUUCUACACUACAGCAGAAUUUCGAUGAUGCUGGAACGUUCCACAGAUCCUGAUACGUUAAGUAAUAGAGUAGUGCACGUUAGCGUACAGCUGUUUAGCAACGAAAAGCUAGCGUUGAGAAUGGUCGAUCAGCUAAAAUUAUUACACGUUAUGGUUGUCAGCUUAAAAUAUAUGAUGAGCAAAAUACUCAUUCAAAACACUUUGCAUGAUCCGGAUAAAAAUUUCCACUACGUCGUGGAUUGCGGACGUCAGGUGAUGAAGGAGCACUGUUACUGGCCGUUGGUUUCCGAUUUGAACAAUGUGCUCUCACACAAACCAGUCGCCGUCAGAUUCAUGAGCGACAACACUCUCUUGGAGAUGUGGUUCGACUUCCUUUCCAUGUUUCAAGGAAUGAACGUCAAUCAGAGAGAGAUGACUCAGCACGUCGAAUUCGAACCCAAUACUUAUUACGCAGCGUUCAGUGCCGAGCUGGAAGCCAGUGCAUAUCCGAUGUGGGCUCUAGUGUCGCAUCUUCGCGGACGUGAGAGCGCGACGCUCAGUCGACGCGUGCUCACAUUCUGCCUCACUGCUCUGCAAGAUUGGCUCGACGCGGUGAACUACACGCAUCCGAAUGUAAAUGACAGUUUGCAAGUGUCGUUUCAUCUGCCACUCCAUCGAUAUCUCGCGGUGUUUAUGUGUCAGGCUAUCAGACAACAAGGAGUGACUCUGCGCGAACUGCUGCCUCCCACAGACAUGUUGCACCUCCUCAUGAUGCAUCCACUGCGAGUGCAGGUGGCAUUUUAUGAAAUCUUGAACGGAUUGUGGGUUCGCAACGGACUGCAAAUAAAGGGCCAAGCUAUGACAUACAUACAGUGCAACUUCUGUAACUCCAUGGUGGACGCGGAUCUGUAUCUGCUACAAAUCUGCGCCACGAAAUUGGUACCGGACGUCUUUCUGAAAACAGUCAUUGAAAAAUUUCACGUGAGGGAAUGGAUGAGUUUGUGCUUGUAUCACGCUCCGCAAAACGAGUAUCUCGAGGGCGAGCACGACACUCCGAUGUUGGAGAGCUGUCUGACGUUCUUAGCCACACUGGUUAACGUGAGAACAAAUCUCGGUUUAUCGGAUCCUGAGAUGUCUCGCCUGGAAAUGGUGACUCUGUUAUGCAUGUGUGACAAGACACAUAGCCAGUUGAUGGAACUGAUGCCGGAACGGUGUGGAACUACUCAGAAUAGAGACUUUGAGUCUGUUCUAGCUGAGGUAGCGCAAUACAGAGCUCCGAAUCUCGAGGCAAGCGGCAAUAUGCAGCAAGGCAUGUACGGACCGAAACCAUGCGUGUGGGAUGAGCUGUUCGAUCCUUUGCACGUUUUGUUAAGAGCGGUCCAUAGAAGAGACUUUCAGAUAUCUAUCGACCGCUUCACAGAAUAUGUGAAGCAAUCGGGCAAGCUGAAGAACGGCGCAACGCCCUGGCCACCGUUCAGACACCCCGCUCCGGUAUCGCCGGACUACGACGAUCCCCGGAUCGUCUUGCGUUCGAAGGUUUUCCACGCUAUGAUCCUGAUAAUACUCUACAAGGCUGUGAACGGACAUAACAUAUCGGAGCAUGUUAUGGCGCUAGCUAUUUAUCUCCUGGAAAUGGCAGUGGUUACUGCGGAAUCACCGGAUAAAUCUAAGAGUCCUUUGUGCCAGUACACCGGCGGCACCUCUCGGGUGAUCAAGGACAUGGAUUUGGCUGGAUGGUACGAGAACGAUAGUUUGUCCGAAAAUCUGAGAACAGUGAUACCUCGAGUAAUUCUAGUCCAAGAGUCAGAGCCGAAUAGCUCAGACAGUGAGUUCGAAUGGGAGACUCAAGGGGAGAUGAGCGAAGUGACGACGUCCUUGAUGUUGAACGACGGCGCCGAUGAUGGCGCGGAGGAGGGUUCUCUGGAAUUGUUGAGAUUCGCCGUGGACACCGUUCGAGACGACAAUGUCGCGUCAAAUGCGAGCGCGACAUCUCUGCCAGCUCUACUACCGUUGACCGAAAAUGCUACUUCCCUGCUGACUUUAUCAUCUACUAGAGUAGAAUACGAUAUGGCCAUUGUACCUGAAGACAGAAUCGUCGCCAUACACGCUAGUAACCUCAGCGAGGACGAUCGAACGAUACCUCGGACGAUACAAAGGGCUCUGCCGCCGCCCAGGGAAGAAUCUAUGGCUCUGGCAAUCGAAUCGUCUUCUUCGCCAAAUAAUGUAACUGAUGACCAGCCCGCGUUACCACCUGCUCCUCAACGCCCAGCGGUUAUGGCUGGAAACGAGAUAGUCGCCACACAACCGAUUGUCAUCAGAACACUAAGAGAUAUCAUCCCGUCCACGUCGAAUUCUCACAAGCAUUUUAAGAGAAGAGAGCCACAGAGCGGAUCGAUGCGGAUCAAUGAGUCGUCGCAAACCGUCAAGGUGGGAGAGAGCAUAAUAUCCUUGCUGUUGAAGUUACAUUCUCAAUUAUCGGGCGUGCCGGACAGCUACAAUCCCGAGCAAGGUGCAACAUUGGACAACGAGCCCGGUAGCAGCAGUAGCAGCAGCAGCAGCAGCAGCAGCUCUUCGGCGUCGCCGCCGUCAAGCGAAUCGCGAAUCGGCGAUGGACCGUACUUCAUAUCGCAGCUACUUAAGAAAAUAGCGGACUUGGAUCCGAUGUGCAAACAAACCAUUAUCGAAACUAGGAACAAAUUGUGGCCUCGUAUGCAGGAAUGCAAAGAGGACGAGCAGCGUGAGAAGGAGAAUCGCGAGCGAGAAGAACGGCGAAGAAGAGCGAAGGAAAGGCAGCAGAAAUUAAUGGCGGAAUUCGCCAACAAGCAGAAGCAAUUCAUGGAGAAAGCAAUGAAGACUGAGGAAGCAGGCGCGUCUGGGAUGGAUUGGGAUCAGGAGGAAAAUACGACUAAGCUAGCUAGUAAAAAAGAAUACGACUGCGUGAUAUGUAAUCAGACCACUCCGAGCAGCGAGGAUAAGCCGAUGGGACUUGUUGUAUUGGUUCAAGCGACCAGCAUUAUCGGCCACGAACGACAGCAAUCGGAUAGGCUAGUUCUUCCCACGUCUGACGAGGACCCGCCUAUACCGAAGGGAGACACCCGCGGUGCCCACUUCGAUCGCAGGAUGGACGAAAUGAGUCGUUUAUUCGACACGUUUUCGUGGCUACUUUCGGUCAAUUUGGGCUGCUUGGCGGUGGAGCGGGGCGAGUACCUGUGUCCGCUGUGCCGGCAGUUGGCCAAUUCCGUUCUGCCGCUGUCGCCGCAGUUGGGCGAGUGCUCGGCGGUUGUGCGAUCCCGUCAUGCUUCCACAGAAACUAUACUCACAGAUCUGAACACUUUCCUCAAAGAAGUACAACGAAAUCCAAAAUCUUCGAAUUUGGCUGUGGCGAUGGGAAAGGCUAUGGAAGACAUGACAAGUUGCACGUACCUAAAAUAUAAGCAAAAGAACUGUAAACCUAGUCAUCAAAGCUUGUUCCUCUUCGUAACCUCGGUAGCUCGAACCAAUUUCGAGAUCGAACUCGUGCAACGCGGCGGAUCGUUGUGCGUUCCACCGCCCACCACGAUACCUCUGACGCCUAAGCGCGACUGCAUAGUCGCGCUCCUCCACGUCUUGGCGAUGCACGCUCGGGUGCUAACGACGUGGCCGGUGCAUCACGUGUGGCAGCAAUUGUCCGGCAUAUCCUUGUCGGAGGAAUCGGCGGCCUCGCUCGCCUUGACGCCGCACGAGAGGGAAGUCCCUCUGCUUCUGCGAGACCCGACCGCCAUGCUCAUUCAAUUUAUACUGCUAUUGCCGCUGCACUUGGAUCAGACGUAUUUCUCCGGCGUGGUGAAGGUGCUGUACAACUUGCUGUACUAUCAGGUGAUACUACAGAUAAGCUGUAAUUUCUCAAGAGCGGAACGAAACACGAUCUUGAAGAGAAGACGCAGCUGCGCCGCCACGCCUUCGGAGGCUUUGCUGGCCAAGAUUAUCGAGUGCUUUAACGAGAGCGGACUCUAUUCCGGCACAGACGACGACAAGCCAUCCACUUCGUCCUCCACUUCUUACGCCAGAGUGAAAACGCAUUGCAUCGAGCAACAAAUCCAGUCGCUGUGCUUGCCGUUUCUUCGGGUGGCGUCACUGCUGCGUUAUCAUCUGUACGAGCAACCGUUGCCGAUGAUCAUAACCCCGCAGAGUGAGUUUGUAAGACUGGUGUACUAUCUGGAGCUGGUCACAGAAGGCAUGAGCUGGGAUAGCUUCUACUCGACCGUGGCGUUGAAUUGGCAGACACCGGAAGCAAGUGUCUCGGUGCCGCUCUUCUGGUGCGAUCAGCUGCUCGCGUUCCUCACCAACUGGCAGGGCCACCUGCCAGCUCGGGGCCUGAUCAUGGAGCAGCAUAUAUCGUGGCAGGUGCCGAAACUGCUUAGUCUUCCGAGGGAAUACGAGAAAAUCUUCACGUAUUACCACGAGCGACAGUGCAGUCAGUGCCACUCGGUGCCGCAGGAAAUUAGCAUCUGUCUGUUGUGCGGCACCAUCGUUUGUCUCAAGCAGACCUGUUGCAAGCAGAUGAACUGCGGCACCAUCGUUUGUCUCAAGCAGACCUGUUGCAAGCAGAUGAACGUGUGCGAAGCUAUUCAGCAUUCGAUUGAUUGCGGCGGCGGAACUGGCAUCUACCUCGUUGUAACCUCGACGUACAUCAUCGUGAUACGUGGACGGCGGGCGUGUUUGUGGGGAUCUUUGUAUCUGGAUGACUUUGAAGAAGAAGACAGAGAUCUAAAACGUGGCAAGCCGUUGUAUCUCAGCCAAGACAGAUAUCAGCUUCUGGAGCAGCAAUGGCUGGCGCACAGAUUCGAUCAUACGAAGAAAACGUGGGUGUGGCAUCGCGACGCUCUGUGACCUCUCACGAUGUCGUUGUACAUCACUCGUCAUUCUUAAGCUCAGUCUCGAAGAAAACACUGUCCUCGCCCUUUUAUCUGUAUUUCGCUCUCGUGUAUUUCGAUUCCCACAAUUUAUUCUCAUACGAAAACGCCUCGUCCUUUUCGCGGUAACGCUCGCUUCAGCGACUAACAGGAAGUAGAUCGUCCUUUAACAAAUACCAUUGUAUUUAUUAUGCAGUCGAGUAAGUAAUAGGUAUAUAAAAAACGACGAAUGAAAGUAUUAAGAGAAAAGAUGCGCGUCUGGGAAGAAAGACAAAUUUGUUCAUAUAGUCAUGCGAAACAACUUGAAUAAUAAUAAAUAUAUAGAAGUUAAUAAGUCAGAUAAAAAAUACUUGUAAAUUUUAUUUAAACAUAUGCACAGGGUCAUCGUUUAUUUCAAUCUUUCCGCGCAGUUAUUUUUGAAACUAGUUGUCGAAGAAAAUUUUAAUCAUAUUAUGCCUACUUUCGAAUUAUAACGUCGAGCCGAAUAAGAAUAGAAAAUAAUUUUUAUACUUUCUCGCAAUAUCUACCACCUAUUUCGUAAUUAUUCACGCGGAGAUUGAAAUGACACACCUUGUAUAUACGCGUAUACAUACACAUGUAAUAUAUAAAGUACGUCUUAAUAAUAAAAAGAAGGAAGAAUAUGUACUUAUCUAGCGUGUAGCAUUUGUACCUUCUAGAAGACGACAUUCAAAUGGCGAAAAGGUGGAAAAAAAGAAACUUGCGUGCCGCUUUUCAAACGAUCCGAAUAACUCGAUAUUGGAAAUGAAUAGUUUUAGACUCAUCCUCUC